AUGGAAUACGUAACAUUCAAGGAGGAACCUAACGAUGCUAAAAUAUUGUGCUGUCAAUGUGGUACAUUAAUUACUCCUAAUCCUUCUAAUAUGUGUGUCGGUUGUUUAAGAACCAGAGUUGACAUAACCGAAGGAAUUCCAAAACAAGUUACUAUCUAUUUUUGCAAAGGUUGUGAAAGAUAUUUGCAACCGCCAUCGGAAUGGAUUUAUUGUGCAUUAGAAUCAAGAGAGUUAUUAGCAUUUUGUUUAAAGAAAUUAAAAGGAUUGAACAGAUUAAAAUUAAUCGAUGCAGGAUUUGUAUGGACUGAACCCCAUUCUAAAAGAAUUAAGGUAAAAUUAACUGUUCAUGGAGAAGUUUUGGGUGGAGCUAUUUUACAACAAGUAUUUGUUGUUGAAUAUAUUGUCGGACAUCAAAUGUGCAGUGAUUGUCAUAAAACAGAAGCGAAAGAUUAUUGGAGGUGCUUGGUGCAAGUAAGGCAGAGAUGUGAAAAUAAGAAAACUUUUUUUUAUUUAGAACAACUUAUAUUAAAACACAAAGCUCAUGAGAAUACGUUAGGAAUAAAACCUGUUCAUGAGGGAUUAGAUUUUUUUUAUUCAACUGAAGCUCAUGCUAGAAAAAUGGUAGAUUUUAUUACAAAUGUUUUACCAUGUAGAAGCCAACAUUCUAAAAAAUUAAUAUCUCACGAUAUUCAUUCAAACACCUACAAUUAUAAAUACACUUGGAGUGUUGAAAUUGUUCCUCUCUCAAAGGAUGGAGUUGUUUGUUUGUCAAAAAAACUCACUCAACAAUUAGGAGGAAUUAAUCCAUUAUGUAUUGUUGCCAGAAUAACAAAUUCAGUUCAUUUAAUUCAUCCUGCAUCCUCUCAAAUUGCCGAAGUAAGUGCUUCUGUUUUUUGGAGAACUCCAUUUAGCAUCAUAUGCAGCCCCCCACAAAUGAUCGAAUUUGUUGUUAUAGAAAUUGAUGUUAUAAAUGCUAAUGAAAAACAAAGGUUUAAAGGGCAGGGAGCCAUUUCUCAUAAGCAUUUACUCGCGGAUGUUUGGGUAGUAAAAGCUUCAGAAUUAGGUAUAAAUGAAAAUACAAUUCACACGAGGACACACUUGGGAGCAAUAUUAAAACCUGGAGAUUCAGUUUUAGGUUACAAUUUGGCGGAUUUUAAUGUAAACGAUGAUAAUUUUGAUAAAUUAAAAGAAAAUGAUUUGCCGGAUGUGAUAUUAAUAAAAAAAUAUUACGGUGAAAGAUCAGCUAGAAAAAGAUUGAGAAAUUGGAAAUUGAAACAUUUAAAUGAAGAUGCCACUAAUUUUAAUAAAACAUCAGACGAAUUCGAAGAAUUUCUCGAAGAUUUGGAGGAAGAUCCAAAUUACAGGCAAAAUAUAAAUAUAUAUAAAGUUGAAAAAAGUGAAACGACGAUUCCAGUUACUUAUGAUGAAAUGGAUGAUCCAGCUUUUCCAAGAAUUACGUUGGCUGAAAUGUUGGAUGAUCUUCAAAUUGAUGAUAAUGGUGAUAUUGAAAUGAAUGAAUAA